AAGUAAAAUAAUUGAAAUUUUCGUAUUUAUUAUUGAACGUCUUCUUUUUAGGGAACGUUAUAGUUAAAAGUUAUAGCCUACUCUUCUAUAGGCAAAUGGCGAUUAAAAUGUCAUUUGCGUAUAGACUAAAUGAUCGAUGCAACUCUGUAUUAGCAAUGUAAUGAAUUAAUAACAAUGUAAUUAAUUUCAUCUCGGAUCAACGAAGGUGAUGCUUGAAAUUAUUUUUCGGGAAAAAUUCAGUUACAAAUCACGUGACAAUUACAAAUGACGUCACCGGAAAUCAUGUGAUAUUGACGUGUCCUUGACCUCUGACGGAAGUUUGAAUUGAUUGAAAUUGACAUUUAGUCAGGCGGCAUGACACAUCUUUAACACUACACUUAUGUCACGUUUUUCGUUAAGUCUACAUUAGUUCAUCUUUGGUCGUAAUCUUAGAAUAAGAGCCUCUUCUACAUUAUUCUAUAACUUUCAGGUCAUAAGAAAAUACAUAUUUACGUAUAUCAUAGACUAGAUACAGUGAAUAACUUGUUUAUAUUUGAUCGAUUAUUAUAUAAAUAUAUUAAUAUAUUAAUUAGAAUGUCUCGAGUGAUUGUUUCUGCUCCAGGUAAAAUUAUCCUGCAUGGAGAACAUGCAGUUGUAUAUGGAAAGUGUUGGAUUAAGAACCAAAAUAGAAAUUGAUGUGAAUAAAGAAGAUUCCAAAUUAAAGAUUGUUAUUCCUAAUGUAGGAAUUGAUGUUGAAUGGAGUUUACAGCAGCUCAAUGAAAUGAAAAUAGCAGAAAAUAAUGAUGAUGAUAGUAAUGUGAUCACAUUAACAAAUGAAUGGCAAAGAUGUUUGAAAUUCCUUAUAGAUUCAGUUGUGAUAUCUGGAAGUGAAGCUUGUCAUCUAUCCCUUCUUACCUUUCUCUUCUUAUACUUUGGUAUAUUUAAAAAAUAUAAGUGUUCUUAUCUACCACUUCAUGUUUUUAUUUCCUCACAAUUACCAAUUGGUGCAGGAUUGGGUUCAUCAGCUUCUUAUUCUGUCUGUAUAGCUGCAAGUCUUUUAGCUAUUUGUGGAAAAAUUUCUCCUACUUCAUUAACAGAUGAGCAACUUUCAUUAGUCAGUAAAUGGGCAUAUGAAGCUGAAAAAAUACUUCAUGGGAAGCCAUCUGGAGUCGAUAAUUCAAUCUGUACUUAUGGUGGAGCUUUAUUGUUUAAAAAUGGAGAAAUAUUAGAAAAACUUUCUUUAAUUCCAUCUAUUGAAGUCAUGUUAAUAAAUACUAAAGUAUCACGAAAUACUAAAUCACUAGUUGCAGUUCUGAGGAAACAAUAUGAUAAGCAUAAAGAAGUCAUCAAUCAUGUAAUGUCUGCUAUAAAUUGCAUAAGUGAAAGUACAUGGAAAAUGUUAAAAGAAUAUAAAGACCAAACAUUUGAUGAUUUGCUAGAAAAAUUACAAGAACUGCUGACAAUAAAUCAUCAUUUAUUAAAUGCUCUUGGAGUAGGUCAUCCUCAACUCAAUACUAUUGUUGAAAUAGCCACUGCAAAGAAACUUGGUGCUAAAUUGACUGGAGCAGGAGGUGGAGGCUGUGCAUUUAUUUUAUUAUCUGUUGCUAACAAUUCAAGCCAAUGGCAGAAAGAACAAAAGCAUGUCUUACAACAAAUACUUCAUGAAAAAGGAUUUGAAUGUUGGGAUGUGCUCCUUGGAUGUCCAGGUGUUUUGUUUCAUCAAUAAUUAACAACAAAAUUACUGUAUAUUUUUG